CAGCGAACGUGUAGAGAGGAUCUUGGACUGCUGCACCGUCCGUGCUUCAGGUGAAUGCGGAAUCUAUUUUUUUCUUGCUCGUUGCCGUCUGUGGGUGUUCUGGGCGGAUGCGUGUUCUGCUUGCGGCCCUUCAUAUUGUUGUUUUCUGGGAGUUUGAGUGACGCUCCGUCGCAAUCUGGUUGCGAAAGUGAAGCGCUUUCGUUCGUUACCUGCCCAUCGGCAGGUGGCGUUUAGAUUUGUGGGACUACCAAUCGUCCGUGUCAACGUUACCAGAAUAGCGGACGCCGGACAGGAACCACCCGGCCGUUAUCGGGAGCAGGUGCUUCUCCCUGGCUUGAAGUCAGGUAUCCGUGUGGUGACAACACUGGUGAAGGGUAUUGUCACAAAUGGGGCUAGGGUCCAGCAAGGAUGAGAGCUCCGGCCUCCAGUCACAACCAGCUGACCAGAGUGAUCCAGCUCUAGGGUCAAGCAUUGAUGAGAGCUCCGAACGCCAGUCACAACCAGCUGACCAGAGUGAUCCAGCUCUAGGGUCCAGCAAGGAUGAGAGCUCCGACCGCCAGUCACAACCAGCUGAUCAGAGAGAGCCAGCUCUCUCUGAUGGUGCUGCAAUGGAAGCAGCAUCUGAAGAGGAGAGUAAGGACAAGUAUCGACCACCAAGUAGGGCUAAUAGGGACAGUGAUCACUACUACUCAACCAAUGUGCCUCACUCAGAUCUGGUGAGAGCAUGUGAAGAUGACGAUGUGGAACAAAUCCGACAAACCGUGAAUAUCGGCACUCCAACCGAGCCUGUGAUUAGACCGGAUCUCUUGGAACAAGUGCCCGAGCCAUACUUUCGUGUUUGGAUUGGUAGUGUGAGAAUUCCCAUGACAAUCAUGACUCUUCUGAUUCUGGCAGCUUGCUACUAUGGCAGCAUUCAUUGUGUCCAGUUUUUACUCUGGUGUGAUCCGUCGCUGUUGCGCGGCAAAGUUAUGUUCAAUGGCUUUAGUCAUCCACGUGAGUACUGCAGCCCAGUAUCACUUCUACAUGUCUGCGCGUCCCGUGGACAUAAAGCACUGUGUGAGCUGCUGAUUAGAAAAGGCAUAGCAGUUAAUGUCCAAGAUAAGUAUGGUAGUACACCACUCCACUUUGCAGCAUACGGAGGUCAUGUGUCCGUAAUAGAAUGUCUGUUGAAUGCUGGACAUCCAUUGGAAGCGAAAGAUGAGGUAAGUCAGGAUAUCCCUGGUGCAUGCUUUUUUGUGUAGGAGCAGAAAGAAGGAUUACCGUACUUUCGCGAUUAGAGCCCUCUCUUGAAUAGUGCUCUAUGUUGAAGAGUGCCCCAGUCUCUAUGAGCAUGUGAACAAAAUAUAUAGCCCUCCCUUGGAUUGUGCCCCCCCCCCCUCCCCCGGCUUGUAACCAAGCGCAUGUGCUCGUUUUGUGUUCCAGGCCAUGUGAUAAGGGUCGUACUGACGUAAUGUCCUGACACUUCCCAGACUUGCCAUUUUGCCUCACAUGUCGCUGAAAGGCAACAUUUUUUUAAUUCUCGACCGAACGAUAUGAACGAACAAAAUUUUCCUGGAAACUGCACACAAACCUUGCACCUAACCACAUCACACAUGCGCGAUCAUCUUUGCAUCUC